CCCAGCUCCCAGAACCGUCUCCCUUCUUUUUUAAAGAGGAAAGGUCCACAUUGACAGCUCCAACUUAGCUGUUUCUGUAGAAAAACUAUCAAAACACACUUUGCAGUUCCUGGCUGGGCGUGUCAGGACGAGCAUUUCACAUGCUGGAAGCAGCAUUUCAGUGAGCUGCUUCUCACUGGUUCCUGGGGACCCUUCUCUGUGGAGAUAACUUUCCAGGCUAAGGUACCUGCCAAGAUGCUCCACUUACAAGGCCUACAGAAACUGCAGAUGCUAGAAAAAUCCUUGAGGAAGAGCAUCCCUGAGUCCUUAAAGGUUUAUGGGACCAUCUUCCACAUAAACCAGGGAAACCCUUUCAAGCUAAAGGCUCUGGUAGACAAGUGGCCUGAUUUUAAUACUGUGGUUAUCCGCCCUCAGGAGCAGGAGAUGACAGACGACCUUGAUCACUACACCAAUACUUAUCAAGUCUACUCCAAGGACCCUAAGAAGUGUCACGAAUUCCUUGGCUCACCAGAAGUCAUCAACUGGAAGCAACAUCUGCAGAUUCAAAGUAAGGGGCUAGGAUGUGGGCUGGCUGCCAGACUCUCCACGUCGGAUCUGCAGGGUCCCUUUACAUCUGGAAUAACACCCCUGUAUCCUCUACACACGGACUCGUCACUGCAGGGGCCUCUCUCAAUGCAGAGCGUGGCUCUAGGGACAGGGACACAAGGGCUUCAAUGUUAUGGGCUAUUCUUUCUUCUCAAUCCCAAUAGCCACCAAAAGAUGCUGACACUCUCAACCCUGGAUCCUGCCCAUGCUGCCUUGGUGAAUAAACUCUGGUAUUUUGGUGGCAAUGAAAGGAGCCGGAGGUUCAUCGAGCGCUGUAUCCAGACCUUCCCCAGCUCAUGCCUGCUGGGGCCCGAGGGGACCCCUGUGUCCUGGAUGCUGAUGGACCAGACGGGAGAGCUGCGGAUGGCAGGCACCCUGCCUGAGUACCGGGCCAAGGGGCUCAUCUCCUACCUCUCCUGUGUCCAUGUCCAGAGUCUGGACAAACUGGGGUUCCCCUUGUAUUCCCACGUCGACAAGGCCAAUCACAUCAUGCAAAGAGUAUGCUCCAACAUGCAGAGUAUCUCUGUGCCCUGUGGCUGGAACCAAUGGAACUUCGUGCCUCUGUAAAGUGGACCUGAAUGCAAGAGAGCAUUGAGCGGGUGCAGAAUGUGUCUGGAGAAGCCAACGGAGAGAAAGAGUGCAGUGUAAUGGGGGGUGAUGAAAUGGCCCGAGCUUGAAGGAAGCAGUGAUGUGUGGUGCACAGGACAGACUCAGUCCCUGUGCUCAAAUACUUCCCAGAAUUUCCUUAGUUUCCUCAGUAGGAAACAGCUCAGGUGCCCAGCUGUCUGGGUACUUGGAUACUUUCAGCAUCCUUGUCAUGAUUUACACUUAGUUGCAUGCUUUUCUACAUUGGUGUUCCUGGAACUCCUAGCUCAUUAACUCUUUCCAGUUUGCCAGAAGUGUUGUAAUAUCCUGUGGGUUUUAUGAUGAUUUUUUCCCUCUGGCUUUCUAUGACUUUUUAAUUGACUAGAGAGUGACCUGUCCAUUAAGUAGAUCUUUGAAGAUCCUCCUCUCUCAGGUCAUUUCUUAAGCCUUAUAUUAUAAUCACAUGAAAUAUAUUAUACAAAUAUCACUAUACAUUCCUCUAUCUAUCUAUAAAGGUGUUGUUAUUGCUUAGUCAUUAAGUCAUAUCUGACUCUUUUGUGACCCCAUGGACUGUAGCCCUCCAGGUAGCUCUGUUCAUGGGAUUUCCCAGCAAGGAUACUGGAUUGGGUUACUAUUUCCUUCUCCAGGGGAUCUUCCCAACCCAGGGAUCAACCCUGAGUCUCCUGCAUUGAAAGCAGAUUCCUUACCACGGAGCCACCAGAGAAGCCACUCACACACACACACACACACACACACACACACACACACAAUGCAGCAUAGAAAAUUAAAAGAGAAAGACUAACUGGUAUCAGUAUCCUUUUUUGCAACACCUACUGGAACUGUGCAAACCCUUGUGUCCUUGUCUUUUGAAGUAAAAUGCCGACUCAAGAGUUAAUGAUUGGAAAAUGUGAAGAUGAAGAAACAAAGAAUAGCUGUUGGGUUAGGGAAUGGGUAACAAUUGAGAAUAAAAUUCUGCCACAUAACAGAAUCACUGAACUCACAGUUCUCUGAAAGGUACAGAUAAAGGCCUGACACACAUCCCUAAGCAGUUUUUACAGGAAGAAGACCCUCUCCAAAUGAAAACCACUGACCAUGAGAACAAAGAUCCUAGACUGGUUGAAACCAGAAAGUUGAUGAUGCUUGAAGCUUCACUUUGAUUACAACUAAUCCAAAAACUGUCCAUGCUCAUCACACCCUGCUCCCUGAACAUGAUAAAACCCUUCUCUACCCUGUCCAGCAUGGGCCACGCGGUCUUCAAGGCAUUAGCCCACUCUGGCCUCCUUUGUCUGGUCAAGCGGUGAAAGCUGCUCUUAUCCACUUCACUCAGAACUCUGUCUGCACGUUUCUGUUGGGCACUGGGUUUCUGUUGGCACUGUUGGCACUGAGGCUGAGUUUCGGCAACACUGUCUCAGGAAAGAGAUACUAACGUUGUUUCUGUUAAGACUUUCUUGGUGGUCAUGUGAUUAAGAGUCCGCCUUCCAAUGCAGGGGCCAUGGGUUUGAUGCCUGGUCAGGGAACUAUGAUCCCACAUGCUAAGAGGCAGCUAAGCCUUUAUGCUACAGCUAGAGAAAGCCUGUAUGCCCCCAACGAAGAGUCCAGACAUCAGGAAGAGCCCACACAUUACGAAGGAGACCCAACUCUGCCAAGAAAAAAUUGUUCCUGUUGACUGAAAUAUCAAUAAAAAUGCACAAGGUGAAA